UUCAUUCUAUCUAUAGCUACAUUCAAACUUGGAAUAUACAUAUUAGGGAAAAAAGAUGGACUUUUCUCUAAAUAUUAUGGAACCAAUUAGUACUUCAAUGAUAUUAUUUGCUUUAAGUGUGGUUUUUUCUAGUUUCAUGGUAUCAUUUUCUCAGACGAAAAACCUUGGUAUUGUCAAAGAACCAAUUUCCUUCCCAAGAAAUUUCUUGUUUGGAACAGCCUCUUCUUGUUACCAGUUUGAAGGAGCUUUCCUUAGUGAUGGCAAAGGCCUUAACAAUUGGGAUGUUUUUACUCAUGAAGCUGGCCACAUAGCAGAUGGAAGUAAUGGAGACAUUGCUCUAGAUCAUUAUAAUCGAUAUCAGGAGGACAUCAAGCUUAUGGAAGAUAUGGGAGUGAAUAGCUUUCGUUUCUCUAUCUCAUGGGCAAGAAUUCUACCUAAGGGGAUGUAUGGAAGUGUCAAUAUGGCUGGAAUUCACCACUACAAUAAGCUCAUUGAUGCACUCCUACACAAAGGUAUCCAACCAUUUGUCACCUUAGCACAUUAUGACAUACCUCAAGAACUUGAAGACAGAUAUGGAGGUUGGCUAAGUCCCAAAAUACAGAGUGAUUUUGGUUAUUAUGGAGAUAUAUGUUUUAAAUAUUUUGGGGACAAAGUGAAAUAUUGGGUCACUAUCAAUGAACCGAAUGUGAUGGCGGUUCGAGGCUAUAGAUUGGGUACUUUCCCUCCGGUUCGAUGUUCCGGUUCAUUUGGUAAUUGCAGUGUUGGAAAUUCAGAAAAAGAGCCUUUUAUAGCAGCACAUAAUAUGAUUUUAUCACAUGCAGCUGUUGUCACUAUUUACAAAACCAAAUAUCAGAAAAGACAAGGAGGAAUGAUUGGAAUAUCUUUAAAUACUCAGUGGUAUGAACCUUUGAGCAAUUCUUCUCAAGACAAUUUUGCAACUCAGAGAGCUAGAUCUUUUGUUUACAAUUGGUUUUUGGACCCUAUUAUAUUUGGAAAAUAUCCAGAAGAAAUGCAACAAAUUCUGGGAAACAACCUGCCUAUAUUUUCAAGAAAUGAUAUGAAAAAACUGAAAAAUGGCCUAGAUUUUAUUGGCCUAAAUCAUUAUACAGCAGCUUAUAUUAAAGAUUGCUUGUACUCUGCCUGUAAAUAUGGAGAAUAUUCUUGGUCAGAAGGUUCUUAUUUUCGUGCUACACAAAAAGAUGGUGUGUACAUUGGAGAACCUACUACAAUGGAUUGGCUAUUUGUGUACCCUCAAGGGAUGGAAAAGCUUGUGAUGUACAUGAAGGAUAGAUUCAAUAAUACUCCAAUCAUCAUCACUGAAAAUGGUAUUGCAGAGAGUGACAAUCCCAAUUCUACCCUAGAAGAUGCCCUCAAUGACACUCAAAGAGUAGAGUACAUGCAUAGCUACUUGAAUUCCUUGGCAAAUGCAAUGAGGGAAGGUGCAGAUGUGAGGGGGUAUUUUGCUUGGUCAUUGCUGGACAACUUUGAAUGGUUAGAAGGAUAUACAAAAAGAUUUGGACUGCAUUAUGUCAAUUUUACAAAUCUCCAUCGAAGUCCAAAAUUAUCAGCCACUAGGUAUAAGGAACUCAUAUCUAACUUUCAAAGCCAGCUAGCAAGAUAUACAUCAUGAACCGGAGUUUGAGGAGGAGCCACAAUGAUAAGUGCAGAUUCGAUGGAAUUUAAUAAUUUUGACUGUAAAAAUAAUUGUGGUCUAAAAUUUAUAAAAUAAAUUUUUUGAUUCCA